AGGCCCCGCCUGCGUGACGUCACCGGAAGCGGCGGGGCGGACGGAGAGCCGCGGUGCGCAGGCGCGUGCCUUGUCCCUCAGCUGCUUCCUGCCGGCCUCGGCGGGCACCGCCGGCCAUGGCCUCGCGCGGAGGAGGAGAAGGAGCAGAGGGGGUCAUCGGGCCCGCGCUGCCCCCGGGCUUCACCCGCUCCCCGUCGCCUGACGAGGACGACGCCGCCGCUCAGGUUGCAGGCCCUGCGUUGCCUCCUGACUACAGAAGCAGCCUGAAAAGACGAGAUUGCGAGCAAGACGGCCCCUCUCUUCCUGUGCCCAGAGAAGCAGAUUCCGAUUCCGAAGAUGACAGAGACGCAAGCCGAAACCCCAGAAAACAGAGGAGACGUCAAGAUGAUGACGAUGGAUUCUUUGGCCCUGCUCUUCCACCUGGCUUCAAAAAACAGGAUGAUUCUCCAGAAAGGCCGGUUAUAGGUCCUGCUUUACCGCCAGGCUUUAAGAAACCAUCAGAAGAGGAUGAAGGAAACAGAAACUCUACCAGGUCUUCUGGGCCUUCUCCAUCUCUGUCCCAGGCCAGCGAUAGCAGUGAGGACGAAGAAGGCCUAAUUGGCCCAGUGCCUCCCAAGGGACCAGCUGAAUCUAGCACAGCGGCAGACUUUGAGUGCCGAGCCCGGAGAAUGAAAGAGAAACUUCUUGGUCACGACAGUAAUGAAUCCAAACAAGCCAAAAGAGAGUCUUGGAUGACAGAACUUCCCCCAGAACUCAAAGGCUUUGGACUUGGUCCACGGACCUUCAAAAGAAGAGCUGAUGACAAAUCAGGAGAUAGAUCUAUUUGGACUGACACCCCAGCUGACAGAGAAAGGAAAGCCAAAGAAAUGCAGGAUGGGAAGAAAUCAGCGAAUGAGGGCGAGGGAGCAGUGGUGGUGUCAGAACGAGACAAGAAAAUGGCUGAGCAGGUGUCUUCCUACAACGACUCCCAGAGGUCUGAAUCUCUUAUGGAAAUACACCACAAAAAACUCAAGAGGAAAGCCGCAGAAGACAAGAACAAGCCCCAGGAGAGAAGGCCGUUUGACCGGGAUCAGGACCUCCAAGUCCAUCGAUUUGAUGAAGCGCAAAAGAGAGCCCUCAUAAAACAAUCCAGAGACUUGAACACCAGAUUUUCCCACAGCAAAUACAACAUGUUUCUGUAAUGUGUGUGAAGUUGCUGAAGUACAGUUGUGUGCCGUUCCUCAUUGUGUCGUGCUAUAUAAUAAAACAACACAGUCUUUGUAAAUACUA